AUGGUGCGUCCUGAACAACUUGGUCAACUUGUGGCUGAGGUUAAGGACAUGGGAUUCAAUCUGAAAAAAACGACUUCAGUGAAUGCACUGCGUGCACUGUGUGGUAAGAAUAAGUUGGUAUGCAAUAGAUGUCGUGAAGCUUUGAAAAGGUGGGGUUGGUCUGAUGACGAUAUUCUCUCUGCGUUCAAGAAGAAUCCGCAUUGUAUGAUUGUGUCUGAGCAGAAGCUAAUGCAAGCAAUGGAUCUUUUAGUGAACAAGAUGGGAUGGUCCUCAAAAAUGAUUGCCAAAUACCCGGUGGUACUCACUUUGAGUUUGGAGAGGAGACUUAUCCCGAGGUGUUCGGUAGUUAAAGUUUUGUUGUUGAAAGGUUUGAUGAAUGACAACUUGAAUUUGGGUUCGGUGCUGAAACCUACGGAUAAGCAGUUCUUGGAGAUGUUUGUGAAGAGAUAUCUUGGCAAAGUACCUCGAUUGUUGAGUGUGUAUCAAGGAAAGGUGAAUAUCCAGGAUGCAUGA